AUGGGGAAGAAGGUGAGGUGGUUCGACGCCGUGCACAGGAUCCUGAGCCCGUCGGAACCUGAUCGCGACGAGAAGGAAGACAAGCAGCCGGCCGAGAGACCGACGAGCAAAUCGAGCUUCAAGAAGCUAUGGCAGUUCGGCAAGUCCAGCACGUCCACUUCUUCUUCCUCCGCGGCGCAUCAGCAGCCUCCUCCGCAGCCCGAUCAGCAGGAUGCUGCGGAGGCCAAAUCCACCGGAACGACGAGCGAGCAGAACAAUGGUGGGUUCCAAGUCGCAGCGCUCGCCGCACCGGUGGCGCAGCAGCCGGCAGAGGCUACGGCCGUCGUCACGCCAAGAGCGCCCGCGCGGUCAAGGGAGGAGCUUGCCGCCGUCAGGAUUCAGACGGCUUGCAGGGGCUACCUGGUAAGGAAGGGGUACAAGGCGAGAGCACAGGCUCGGCUGAUGUCGCUGCUGGAGGGGGUCGCCGUGAAGCGCCAGACGGAGGAUGCGCUGUACAGCAUGCAGAUGAUGACGAGGGUUCAGACCCAGAUAUACGCCAGGAGGGUCAACAAGGACAAGGCUCUCAAGAGUCAGGUCCAGCCCAAGCAAGGGCCUGACAAAACCAAGACUGGUGAAGUCUGGGAUCACACUCACCAGUCCAAGGAGCAGAUCGAGGCCACGCUCGCGACGAAGCAGGAGGCUGCGUCGAGGCGGCAGAAGGCCCUGUCAUACGCUUUCUCUCACCAGUGGAGGAACAAGAGCCCCUCUUCUUCAUCUUCCUCUGGGAGAGGGAGAGUGACACCCACGCUGUCGCACCCUCCGACGUUCAUGGACCCCGGCUGCCCCAACUGGGGCUGGAGCUGGGCGGAGCGCUGUCUGGCGGCGUCCAGGCCGUGGGAGAGCCAGACCGCGCCGCCGGACGUCAAGGACCGCGCUGCUCCGGCCAAGAGCGUCGGCCGGGCCGCCAGCCCGAGGGUGUCCAUCUCGGUUCAUAUUCCCACCACGCCGACGGGCAGGUCCGCUCGGCCGGCCGGCCGGUCGUCGCCGUCGACCCCGACGCAGCCGCGGUCACCCUCGGUGCCGGGAAAGACGAUCGCGUCGCCCCGGCGGGCUCCGAGCCCGAGGGGUAGCCCGUUCAACAAGUCGGGAAGCACGCUAUCGGAACGCCCGCGGAGCAGCCAGGAGCACGUGGGGGCAAGCAGUGGCGGCGGUGGCGACGAGAAGGAGACCUCGCUGCGGCGGACGACGAGCUUGCGGUCGGGGGAGCAGCCGAGGAAGCUGAGCCUGGGAACGAGAGAGGUGGACGCAGGCGAGACGGGCGACGCGCCGGUGACGCCCAGCUACAUGCAGGCGACCAAGUCCGUGAAGGCCAAGGCCCGGUGCGCGAGCCCCGCGGCGGCUGACAAGGCCGAGCUCCCCGAAAGGGUGCCUCUCGUGUCCUCGCCGUCGAUGAAGAGGCGCCCGUCGCCGGAGUUCCCGGAGAAACAAGGGGUGUCGUCGCCGAGGACGCCAAGGACGCCGAGCACGCCGGGCAAGGCGAAGCCGGAGAUCAGGACGAAGCGGCCUCCCAGCCCCAGGCUCUAGCUCGCUGGGCUUGCGUAUAUCCACAGUGGCAGCACGAUAACUGUAUGAGGUUUUCUUAUUUUUGUUGCCUAGUUUCGAAUUUGUAAUCUAGCAUUUUUGGUCAUUUUUGUUUUUGAAUUUGU